AUUUUCAUGAUGGAACCCAUCCGUGAAGCCGCCGGAAAGAUGACGCAGCACUGCCGGAGAAUCGUCCACGUCAACGUCCGGUGGAGAUGGCUAGAGAGGGUGUCGAUUUUCCGGCAGCUAUUCCGGUUUAUUUGGGAAAGGAUUCUAGUCUGCUCCACCGGGAGGCCCGGACGUUACCGGAAGCUUUCCCGCCGGCCUGCCUCUCCGGCAACGGAGGCCGCCGAUUCCGGGCAGAGCCCCGACGAUCCGACUUGCAGUGGAUACGAAACGGAUUCGGAUUUGGUGACCCUGAAGAUCAGCAUACUGGGGGACUGCCAAAUCGGGAAAACAAGCUUUGUGGUCAAGUAUGUAGGCGAUGAACAGGAGAAGAGAAGCCUGGGGAUGAAAGGGUUAAAUCUAAUGGAUAAAACGUUAUCCGUUCGAGGAGCAAGAAUUGCUUUUCGAAUAUGGGAUGUGGGAGGUGAUCGUGGGUCACUCGAUCAAGUCCCCAUUGCUUGCAAAGAUGCAGAAGCAAUUUUGUUCAUGUUUGAUCUUACUAGCCGGUGUACUCUAAACAGUGUAAUUGGAUGGUAUAGUCAAGCAAGAAAGUGGAAUCAGACGGCGAUUCCCAUACUAAUCGGCACCAAAUUCGACGAUUUUGUCCGACUUCCGCCGGAUUUGCAGUGGACAAUUGUGACCCAGGCAAGGGCUUAUGCAAGGGUCAUGAAGGCAACACUGUUCUUCUCAAGUGCCACACACAACAUCAAUGUGAAUAAAAUCUUCAAGUUCAUCAUGGCCAAGCUCUUCAACUUGCCUUGGACGGUGGAGAGAAAUUUGACCAUUGGAGAGCCAAUCAUCGACUUCUAA